AUGAAAGGUUCAAAAAAAUCAAAAUUCAAUAAUGUUAAUCGACAAACAAAUGGUGAUAAUGAGAGUAGCGAGAUUGAUGAAAUCUUUAUGUUAGCGAAAAAUAAAAAGGAGAACUCUAAUUCUUUGCCUAUCCAAGAAGCAAAAUCAAAGGAGACCACACCAAGCUCUGCGACAAAAUCAUCUGAUUUGUCCGAUUCCACGGUUUCGUCUAACAGAAAUUCUGAGCCCAAUGAAAAAGGAAAAUCCAAAUCCUCGAAGGUUGAGGAAUUUGUGUUUAAAGUACCGGCUAUACCCGACCGUCUAAAAUCGAAUAAGAGAAAAUUAAAACAAAAUGAUGACGAUGGGUUUGGUGACUCUCGUGGAACGAAGAACCGUAAGAAGACAGAGGAUGGGUUCGCUAUUUAUGAUGUCAGUGAAUUAAACAUUGGAAAUGGUGGAGGUAUUGGUGUGCUGCAUCAUUCUCUCAGCUCACUUUCAUCUUAUUAA